AGCAGCAUUCGAGUCAAAGGCCGCCUGAGACGGUUGGGGCAGAGAAGACGGACACGGAGGGGAUUAAAACCUGCCGGGGAUUUUCUUUUAUUUUUAACACAGAAUUCACACUGAGCUGUAAAAAAAUCGACGUGGGUCUACCGCCGAUAAACAGUCCAUCCGUACGAGAAUAAACAGCGAAUCAUGGAGGUUUCGUAAUCUUUCUCCCGACUCGUCCGCUGAGGAGACCGAGUUUCGUCGGUUGGGCAGCCAGGAAUUAGCUUAGCAUACCUUAGCUUAGCUUAGCCUAGCCGUGCUCCGCAGUACCGCCGACGCUCGCCGCGCGUUCCGACCGAGAUGAGUGUCGUCUGGCCCGGAUGCCCGCGGACUCUAGCGCGCUGAUCGGGAAGGCCUCAAAUGGGAAAGUCGAGCAUCGGGCGGGAAUACCGAGCAUAAUUCUGUAGAUGUAGCUCACAUUUGGAGAAGACGGUCGAUGACGACGCGAUGGAGGCGUGAAUGUGGUUUGGCGUGGCGAAAGCUGAACGAUGCCCAAGGGUGGGGGUUCUAAAACCCCCCAGCUGGAGGACUUCCCACUCAGCACCGACAUGGUGGAGAAGCAGGGUGGGAAGAAGGAUAAAGAUAAAGGCUCGUCAAACAAAACUCCUAAAUCAGACCGCAGCGAUGGCGUCAAAGAGAUGAAAGAGAAGGCUCCUAAGAGGAAGCUGCCCUUCACCGUCGGAGCCAAUGGAGACCAGAAAGAUUCUGACUCAGAAAAGCAAGGUCCGGAGCGGAAGCGUAAUAAAAAGGAGCCUACCAACUCCAGGAAGCCAAGCCUGCCAUUCGGGAUGGGCAUGCCAGGGAUCCGGGCUGGUUACCCGCUGUCAGAGCGGCAGCAGGUGGCUCUUCUUAUGCAGAUGACGGCAGAGGAGUCAGUAAACAGUCCAGACACAACACCAAAGCACCAGUCACAGUCGAAUCUGGGUCAGAAGGGAACGCCAAACUCUGCCUCAAAAACCAAAGACAAAGUGAAUAAGCGCAAUGAGAGAGGUGAGACGAGGCUGCAUCGGGCAGCCAUCCGCGGGGAGGUACGCCGCAUUAAGGAGCUCAUCAGUGAGGGAGCUGACGUGAAUGUAAAAGACUUUGCAGGCUGGACCGCACUGCACGAAGCAUGCAACAGAGGGUAUUAUGAUGUGGCUAAGCAGCUGCUGGCAGCAGGGGCCGAGGUCAACACCAAGGGCCUGGAUGAUGAUACUCCUCUACAUGAUGCGUCAAACAAUGGCCACUUCAAAGUGGUAAAGUUGCUCUUGCGAUAUGGAGGGGAUCCUUGUCAAAGCAACAGAAGAGGGGAGACACCUCUGAAGGUGGCAAACUCUCCAACCAUGCUCAAUCUGUUGCUAGGAAAAGGCACUUACACUUCUAGUGAGAGUUCGUCAGAGUCGUCAGAGGAGGAAGACGCCCCAUCGUUUGCCCCGUCCAGCUCCGUCGAUGGCAAUAACACAGACUCUGAGUUCGAGAAAGGCCUAAAGCUGAAAGGGAAGGCACUUGACCCGCCCAAAUCCACCACCACACCCGUCAAGGACGAAUACGAGUUUGACGAGGAUGACGAGGAGGAGCGUGUGCCGCCCGUGGACGACAAGCAUCUGCUGAAAAAAGAGUUCCGCAAGGAUACCGUCAGCAAGGCCAACAACUUCAUCUCUAUACCUAAGAUGGAGGUUAAAACUUAUUCCAAAAGCAACUCGCUCACACCAAAGAAGCCUGUGCGUCGGAUCCUGUCGGACAGCAACAGCUCAGAUGAGGAUGACCGGACGUUAUGUUUCACGCCCACACCCACGCCAAGGCAGCCUGCUGCUCAGACCAACAAGAGCAGGGACUCUGCAACACUGAGCUCUAAGCAGCAGAAAGAUAAAAGCAAAGUCAAGAAGAAGAGGAAGAAGGAGACAAAAAACAACGUCAGUAAGGAGGUGCGCUUCGGCAAAGUCAAUGACAAAUUCUGCACCUCAGACUCCGAGACGGGCGACAUGGAGAGUGAGGAUGACAAGAGCUCGAACUGCGUGAAGGACUCUUCUACUUUGAACCUUAAAGAAUCCUCUGUAUUCAGCUCUCUGUCCGCAUCCUCUUCAUCCUCCUCACAUGGGAGUUUGGGCUCACAGAAGCUCACACAGUCUUUGGCAGAACAGCACCCAAAGCAGUGGAGGACAGAUGGUUGGAAGACAGUGUCUUCCCCACCUUGGUCUGACGUCAGCUCCCUCUCAGACUCUGUCCGAACAAGGCUUUCCAGCGAGUCUGACUAUUCCUCCGCGGACUCCAGUGUUGAGUCUGUAAAGCAGGUGAAGAAAAAAGCGCAGGACAACAAGAAGAAAAACAAUACACAUGUCAGCGUGUUAGACAAAAAGAGCUCAGACUUUUACAAGAACUCAAAUGCAGAUGGAACGGUCUCGAAAACAGACAAAGACGGAAAAGUAUUGAAAAAACACAAAGUGAAACACAAACACAAAAACAAGGAGAAGGAAAAGGUUCCGAGUGUUGUGUUGAAUCAAGACAUGAAUGAAAAAUUCGUCAAGAGCUUCACAUUCGACUUUGAUGACUCUCGGCAAAAGUCCCUCAUUGUGGAGACGGAGUCGCCCUCUGAAAGUAAAGUCAAACUUUCCAAGCACGACAAAGAUCAUUUUAAGAAAGAGGACAGAUUAUCGAAAGGUAAAAGCGAAGACAAAGACUGGUCAGCGAAAGAGGUUCAGAGAGUAUCUAAGGAAGAGAAAUCCAAGAAAACAAAGGAGUCCAACAAGGAGAGGGCGAGCAAGGAGGAGAAAGACAAACCUCUGAAAACUGAAAAGGAGAAAGGCAUGAAGGACAAAGAAAAGCCAAAGGAGGAGCAACAGAAAUCCCACAAGGAGGAUAAAAAGAAAAAGUCCAAGGAUAAGUCUCUGAAAACAGACAAAAAGAGUGAACAAAAAGAGGAGAAACAUUUUAAAUCAGAAAAGGACAAAACUGGCAAAGAGGAAAAGUCAAAGAAAGAUAAGACCAUUAAGGAAGAGCCAGAUUAUGAGGAAUAUGACAUUAAAAAUCAUUUUUUAGAGGACACAAAGAUGAGCGCAUCAGAUGAUCAUGAUCGCUGGCCAUCAGACCUUUCGUCUGACAGCUCCCUCUAUGGCGAUGACAGUUGGGAUGCUCCCAUGAAAGAAUACAAAGCAAAUAAUUCUGUAAAACUCAUCGUGGAAACAAUGAAAGAAGAAAGCAGGGAUCGGAGAAAGGAAAACAAACUCAAAGACAAGAAGUCGGAGCAUGGAGACAAGCGCUCUGAGAAAGAAGCUACUUCCAAGAAGAAAGAGAAGGAGUCCUCCGAUAAGGGCAGUGAAAAGAAAAAAGACUGGACAGACAAGCAAAAGCUGAACUCCAAUCACUCGGAAAAGGAGAAGAAGCGAAAGGAAUCAACAGAAGGGGGUGUUAAAGAGAAAAAAGAAAAGGAGUCUGUUGACGGCAGCAGAGACAGAAAAGAUUCCUAUGAGUUCACCAAGGAGAGGAAAGACUCCAAAACAAAACAAGAAUGCCUGAGAGACGAGUAUGGGAGUGAGGCUUUAUUCAAAGACAAAUCAGAAAGCGAAGCUAACGCUAAGUCAGAUGCCAGGGAGAGAAACCACUCUGGAAAAGAAAAAGAGAAGAAAGGAGAUGGUGUCGAAAAGAAAGACAAACUAAAAGGCGAAAAGCACAAAGACAAGCCUAAAGACCGAAGUUUGGAGCAAGAUAAGGACAAACCUGAGAAAAACUCAGUUGAUAGGUCUUUGAAAGAAAAAGACAUUGAAAGAAGCUCCAAAGACAAAAAGGAUGGCACUAAAGAUAAACAUAAGGAUUCGCACAGUAAGGAUAAGGAGAGGAAGAUGUCAUCUGAGCAGAGUAAAGACAAGAAAGAAAAAAUAUCCCAAGACAAACAUUCAGAAAGGGAAAAGGAUUACCUCGAAUUCAAGAAGGAGGAGAAGAAGCCAGAAAAGGUGAGGGAGAAGACAUGGUAUAAAAUUGAGGAUAUUUUCACAGAUGAGAGUGAAGAUGAAAGCGACAGUUACAAUGGAGGGGUGGCAAAACUGAGCGAUUCGUUUGGACUAUUGGACUCCCACCGAAAAGAUUCCACGCCCGACAGAGACGAUCUAGAUCAUAUCUUAACAGAUAAACACAGGAAGUACUCUGGAGAGGGGAAACAACACUCCACAGAAAAACAAAAAGAUAAAGAGCAUAAAGAUAAAAAGAAAGAAAAGACUACCUUUGAUGCCGUAAAAGAGAGAAAAGGUUCCAUGGAUAAACACAAAGACAAGAAAGACAAGGAAUCAACUGAUGCAAAACACAAGGACCGCAAGGACAGGGCGUCUGUGGACUCAAAUCAGGACAAGAAAAACAAGCAGAAGCCUACAGACAAGAGAGAGACCACAGAGGAGAAGAAAAGCAAAUACAAAGAUAAGCCAGACCAUUUGAAAGACAGAAAACCCUCAAAGGGCAGUGGUGAAAACGAGAAAUCACUGCUUGAGAAACUGGAGGAGGAGGCCAUGAACGAUUACAAAGAUGACUCCAAUGAUAAAAACAGUGAGAUCUCAUCAGACAGCUUCACAGACAGGGGUCAUGAGCCAGUUUUAAACUUCUACGACUCAUCUAAUGACAUGACGGAGGACAGAAGAGAGUCACUGUCCAUUUCCAAUCCACAGGACAAGUUCAGAGAAAAAGAGAGGCAUAGACACUCCUCUUCCUCAUCGUCCAAAAAGAGUCACGAUAAAGAUAAGGACAAGGUCAAGAAAGAGAGAGCAGACAAGAGGGACAAAUCAGAGGAGCUCAGAGAGUCCUUUGGUCGCAGGGAGAGCUUACCUUUUGAGAAAGAGCCUAUGCCCCUGGAAGCUGACCCUUACACUUUUCCUUAUGGUUCUAAGGCUGAUGGAGAGGAUGACUUGGAUAAAACUCUGGAGUUUGAGAAGGAGAUGUCCAAAAAGGACAAGAUGAAUAGCGUCAUUAGCAGUGAAAAGAUCAAAGAGAAGAAGAAGAAAGAGAAACAUAAGGAAAAAGUAAAGGAGGAGAAACAUAAAUACUCGGAUGGCUUCGGGUCUUUCAGACACUCCAAAGAAGAUCAGAAAACUGGACUUAAAGAAAGCCCUCAAGUCACAAGUUUAAAGGACAAGUCUAAAGAAGAUGGUCUAAAAUUUGAUGGCAAGAAUAAGGACCGAAAUAGAGAUAUCACAGAUAAAGACAGGUCAGAUUAUAACAAGGCCAAGGCCAAAGAUGAGAAUGACAAGCUCAGCCAGUCAAAAGACACGGCAAGGAAAGACUCUCGACCACGUGAGCUUUUGGUUGAUGGUGAUCUCAGACUAACAAGCUUUGGUAAAAUGCUUAGUCAAAAAGACCAGGAAAUUGAAGAACGCCAUAAGAGGCACAAAGAGAGGAUGAAACAGAUGGAGAAACUGAGGCAUAGAUCAGGCGAUCCAAAGCUUAAAGACAAGACCAAGUCCAGUGAGGAUCUGAAAAAGAGCCGUGGCGAACUUUCGUCUAAGAAGUCAAGCUCGUUAGAAUCUGCUCUUAAAGAAAAGAAACUCAAAGACGUUAGCCUUCCUGCCCAGAUGAUGUCUCCUGAUAGGAAGUCGCAGCCUAUAGACAGCCAGACCUCAAAAGACUGGCUAGCAGGCCACCAGAUGAAGGAAAAUCUCCCUGCAUCUCCACGACCUGACCAGAAUAGGCCAACGGGGGUUCCCACUCCUACAUCAGUCAUUUCAUGUCCAAGCUUUGAGGAAGUGAUGCAAACUCCCCGUACACCAUCCUGCAGUGCGGAGGACUACCCGGAUAUCAUGUUUGAUGGACUAGACUGUCAGAACUCUUCAGCAAUGACAAUGUCCAUGAAUGCCUGCUCCCCAUCAUUCUUCGAUAGAUACUCCUCCCAGAACUCAUCCCAUAGUUUCCAGGAAGGAACAUGUAUCACGCCAGCAAAGAAUAUGCAGUUACCUCUUGUGAGUCGAUCAGUCACCUCUGAGGUUAGAAGACCUCUUGAAGAGGAGUUCAAAGCAGAAGCUGACAAGUUUCUGAGGCAACAAAGUGCACCGUCAGCUGAAUUUGAGUCCUCUGCCUCGCAUCUUCCUGAUGACAAAAUUCCAAUGGACAGACUUGACUGCGUCUCAUCCCCAUACUUCUCCCCUCACAUUGGUGUGCUGUCUCCAAGGCCUGACUCAUCGCAGCCUGUGACAGAGAGAGCUUCUGCUCCAAAUGCUGGUAAUGAUGCCAGUGAACUCCCUCCAGAGAGCAUGUUUAACAACUACCUGAUGAAGCCUUCAACUCCAGUCCACAGACCUGACCCUCAAGAGCCAUGUCUGGACAUAGCUGCCCCUCCAACACCAGCCCCUGCAGCUCUGCCUCCCAUGGACAUUGAUGACUUGUCUGAACCACAUCAGAGUGAGCCCAGUUUAUUGCCAUCUGAUCCAGUGAGCGGCAGUGAAUAUCUACCGCCUCUUGUAGAGGAUGAGGAGGAGGAAGAUGAUGAUGAGAAUGAGGAUGAGGAGGAAGAUGAUGAAGAGGAGGAUAAUGCAGAAGAAGCAUCUGAAUCUCAUAUUGUGUCAGAUCAGGCCAUGCAGUCUGUAGAUGAUCCCACUUAUUCACUUGGAAUUGAAGAGUCUGCCAGAAAGACUUGGGUUGAAUCUCCAGACCGCAGAGAGCCUGAAGUUCUUCCCUUGACGCCCAUUAAUCCUCAGGAUAACCUCAUGGAAAACUCUUGCGAUCAGUCGGAAGAGUGGAAUUCAGCAGGGCUUAUGAAAUCACCUCAUGAAAGUUAUGGAGAAGUUGAAGCUGCUGUUUCAAAGAUCAGCAGUCCAUAUUCACACUCUGACUGUGAGCUGCAACAUAUCCCUACAGCAUUAUCUGUCCAUCCUUCCGUGACGCCUCCUUAUCCCACAUAUUCCAGGUCGUACUGUCCCUCACAAAUAUCAGAGACACAUUAUGAGAUGCAGAAAGACGGUGUAGAGGAUAUUUCGUCACCACCAAGACCUGUAACAGAGCCUGUGGACUCAGAAGUAAACUUCAUCCCACCGUCCUCAACUCGACUCGAGACCUUUUUUACGGAUAUUAAACCCCAUGUUGAGGAGAAUCAAAUGGAUGUAGAACCACCUUGCAUGCCACAAGAGAAUAGAGAAGAACCCAUCAGUUACACGCCUGAGAGCAACAUUGCCCCAUCAGUAAGCCGAGAGUCUCACUGGCCAGACCCAUUCUCUGCUGCCGUUGAUGAACUAGAUGACCUAGGUUCCUUCUCUUUGCCAGACCUUCAAUUCCAAGAGAAAGAGGUGCAGGAGCCUGAAAUCACAGCCCCAGAGAUGCCAGAGAGCAAGCAUCCACCUCCACAAAUAAGACCAAUGGCUAUGGAAACAAACAAGGAACUUGGGGUAAUGGACAUUGGCUUGCCCAGUUUGACCAAAGCCCCGUGUUCUCCUGCAAUUAUUCCUCCUUCUGAGCCUUCUCAGGAUUUGGUGCCUCCUGCCCAUGAGGAGAGCUACAGACCACAGCAUGAGCUAGAGCCCGAACCAGAGCCUCAGAACAUUCAAGAUGUUCCCUCUAUGAAAGAACAGAGCCAAGAAGACGUGUGCACAUUCAGCGAGAGGGAUGAGGGUGACGGUAACGUGUAUUCAGCUACUGAUGGAGAGAAUGAACAGGAAUACAGACAGAAAGAUACAGCCCCUGAAAUUCUGACGCCAGUUUCGGUAGCGCAGUGUUUGGAACCGCUGGCACCUUUGAAAGCAGAUCAGAUUGUACCGACCCCAGUAGUAGCUUUGGGUCGCGCCUGCAGUCCCCGCCCUGCUGCUCCAGUCUUGGUUGUCACGUCGUCUAGCACCACCCAAAUGUCAGAGGCACUGGAGACAACAGCCAAAAUGCCAGUAGCCACAGCAAUGUCUGAGGCCCCCAAGAAGGUUGAGGAGAUACCUCAAAGGAUAACUCGGAAUAGAGCUCAGAUGCUGGCCAAUCAGAGCAAGCAGAGCACUGCAGCGAGCCCUGCAAGUGUCACAUCAUCGGCCGCUUCCUCUCCUGUCACCACGAGUGUCACCAACAGCUCUCUUUCCUCCCUUACCCCUGGAGAGAAGGAGAAAGAGAGAGAGUCCUUCAACACCCAGACUUCCACCCCAGCAACACCUGCUCUCGUCACCAAAAGUAAAGGACGAAACGUCGAGGAAGAGGACGGCCAGGCGCAACAUCCACGCAAACGGAAGUUUCAGAAGUCAGGUCCGCAGCAAGUGCAGGUCCAACUCGUCAACACAGCGAUGCAGCAAACACGGGAGAUGAUUCAGCAGACUCUGGCGGUCAUAGUAAAUGCCAUCAAGCUGGAUGAAAUCGAGCCCUACCACAGUGACCGCUCCAACCCUUAUUUCGAGUACCUGCAGAUUCGGAAAAAGAUUGAAGAGAAGCGGAAGAUUCUUUGUUACAUAACACCGCAAGCUCCCCAGUGCUAUGCGGAGUAUGUGACGUACACCGGCUCCUACCUGCUUGAUGGCAAACCUCUGAGCAAACUGCAUAUUCCAGUGAUUGCUCCACCUCCAUCUUUGUCAGAACCCUUGAAGGAGCUCUUCAGACAGCAGGAGGCAGUGAGAGGGAAGUUGCGACUGCAGCACAGCAUUGAACGAGAAAAGCUGAUUGUGUCUUGUGAGCAAGAGGUACUGCGAGUUCAUUGCAGAGCAGCUAGAACCAUUGCUAAUCAGGCUGUCCCGUUCAGUGCUUGCACCAUGUUGCUGGAUUCCGAGGUCUACAAUAUGCCAUCGGAAAGCCAGGGGGAUGAAAAUAAGUCUGUGAGAGAUCGGUUCAACGCUCGACAGUUUAUUUCUUGGAUCCAAGACGUGGAUGACAAGUAUGACCGCAUGAAGACGUGUUUGCUGAUGCGACAGCAGCAUGAGGCUGCCGCUCUGAAUGCAGUGCAGAGGAUGGAGUGGCAACUCAAGAUGCAGGAGCUGGACCCUGCUGGACACAAAUCCCUGUGCGUCAACGAGGUCCCUUCCUUUUACGUGCCAAUGGUUGACGUCAACGAUGACUUCGUACUGUUGCCUGCGUGACACGAACACACGGACGCAGGGUGUGCGGUCUAAAAUUCUCAUCUUUCAAAGAGACAACAGACAGCAAGUUCGGUAAGGGCUAGCCGGUUUGAAGAGAAGAUUUCUUUGAGGAGAAUACAUAUAUAUAUUAUAUAGAAAAAGUUAAAAAAAUUAAAAAUCGUCCCCUUCCGUCAGAAGAGGGAGCAUCUUUUUACCGGGGGAAAAAACACAACUUGCACUUUCAUCCUUCAAGUUUGUAUGCUUUUGUUUGGGAUUUAAGAAGCAACACUGAUUUGCUUUGAACCUCACCCACCCGCUCCCCUACCGGCUGAUGUGGGUGAGAAUGAAACGGGGAGAGGAAAAAGUGUUUUUCUUCGUUUUAGAUCCCCUUAAACUAAAUUACAACAAGAUGGGUGGGUUGAGACGGGCUCCUCCACCUUUGUCCUUCAGAAUCAGGGACAGAAGGCACGACGGUGAUCUCGAGAGUGCCGAACAGAAACGAGUUGCGGGCACCGCGAGGUGCGGCCGUGGAAAUAAGAGACCCGAAAAAAGGGGUGCCAGAGGAACGCUUGAACAUCCAUUCCUACAGCAAGAUGCUAGGACCAGGAUCUCUCAUGGCCACAGCAGAGGAGAGCAUGGCUCCCUGCUGACCACAGCGCCCCACGCAGCCCCAGACCAGGGCAGCCGGCCGCAGAGCAAAGGCAGAGUGGCAGGGCUCGGGGAGAGUCUGCCUUCAGCACCAGGGCAUCCACAGACAGCAUGACACCCAGGAUGCCCUCAGAUACAGGGCAAAGGAGCGCCUGAUUCU